AUGAAUAAAAUCAAAAUUCUAGGCAGAUCAACUGAAACUAACUCUAAAUCUAUACUGUCUUACAUCAGAGAUCAAUAUGAAUUAUUAUACAAAGCAGAAUCUGUAAAGGAUAGCUUAAAAGAUAAAAUAAUAGAGAAUUUAGGUAAAAUUUCUACUGAGAACAAUAAUAAGCUAAUGGAAAGAAUAACCAAAGAAGAGAUUAUUCAGGUUAUUAAAGAGCUCUCUAAUAACAAGGCCCCUGGGAUGGAUG